GAGGAGCCAGCCGGCAGUCGGUGCAUGGCUCUCGACUAGAGAUCUUGCGUUUCUACUCUAAUAUUCGCUAUCGAGAAGCAUAGGCGGUUCACUCUUCGGUUCAGGUGCAUUUACUCCGGCGUGACAAAAUUGAGAGCGAUCUACGGAAUUACAAUUACAAGCAUAAACGAACUGUGUACGUAUGCACGUCGAUCUCGGUGUCUCGUAAGCCAAUAAUUUAGAAGCUGUUAAGUGCUUCGCGUCAAAGGAGAAUCGAGACCAAGUUGACUAAAAUAAUCGAGACAGUCGUUAAAAUAGAAAAAAAAAGCUAUGACAGUGUGAAAAGCCAUACUCCGUUAUUACGCUGGAAUAACAAGUGCGUGUGUCAUGCAUUAUCUGGAAAAUGUCCAUGAGCGUACUAAGGAUUUUGAUCGAAGGGCAUCAGGGAUUUUACACAACAAUGGCGCCGAAUAUAACAAGUACACCUACAGGAGUGCUGUUCGAAGAUGAGACUCUCGCCGAAUCGCAAGUAGUUGAAGAGCUGAAGAGUAAAACUAAAUAUGUUAGGCGCAUUGUGUGGAGAAAUGUGAUUAUUUUCUCGUUCCUACAUCUCGGUGCCCUUUUCGGCGUUUACCUUUUAUUUACAUCGGCUAAAUUUGCGACCAUCUUAUUCGCAAUUUUCUUGUAUCAAAUCAGCGGCUUGGGAAUCACAGCUGGGGCUCACCGACUCUGGGCACAUCGAUCUUACAAAGCAAAGUGGCCUCUUCAGCUGCUACUUGUGAUUAUGAACACUGUAGCGUUUCAGGAUGCUGCGGUCGACUGGGCCAGAGACCAUAGGGUUCAUCACAAAUACACUGAAACCGACGCCGAUCCGCAUAAUGCUAAAAGAGGUUUCUUCUUCGCGCAUAUGGGCUGGCUACUUUGCAGAAAACAUCCAGACGUCAAAGAAAAGGGCAAAGGCAUCGACUUAAGCGAUCUUGAAAGCGAUCCGAUAUUGGCAUUCCAAAAGAAAUAUUAUAUCAUACUGAUGCCAUUGUUCUGCUUUAUUUUACCAACCGUUAUUCCGGUCAUGUUUUGGGGCGAGACAUGGACAAAUGCUUACUUUAUUCCGACCGUACUCCGUUAUGUUUUCACGUUAAAUAUGACAUGGCUGGUAAAUUCCGCGGCUCAUUUGUUUGGCAACAAACCUUACGACAGACAUAUUAAUCCAGCGGAGAACAAAGGUGUUGCCAUGUUUGCCCUCGGUGAAGGAUGGCACAAUUACCAUCACGUAUUUCCUUGGGAUUAUAAGACGGCCGAACUCGGCAAUUACAGGCUCAAUUUCACGACAGCCUUCAUCGACUUUUUCGCGAAGAUCGGCUGGGCCUAUGAUUUAAAGACCGUAUCCGAGGAAACGAUAAAGAAACGUGUGGAGAGAACGGGCGACGGCAGUCACGAGUUAUGGGGUUGGGGUGAUAAAGAUCAAACGCAGGAGGAAAGAGAUGCAGCGAUAGUGACGCAUCAUCACACGAAGAUGCAAUAGAAUCCUGCGGGUGUGAUUCUCGAUAAAAUAAAUUUUUUUCUCAUUUGUCUACGGUGGAUUAUGAAUUGAUUUGUUUGGACAAAUUUUAUAAUAUUAAAAAUACUAUUUAUUUAAGUCGAUCUUCCAGGAUUUACGUCUCGACCGUCGUAUUUAAAUUGCGACAUGUCGUUGCACGAUUAUUUGGCGGGAUCCAUAUAAUACAGUCUUGGAACGCUUGACAUCGAGCAGGAUUUUUAUAAUGUUGAUGUUCUGGAUCACACGCUAAACUAGCUCGAUAACUUGAUUUUUUCUGAAAUAUACUAAGUUAGUUUUUGAAUUUUAUUACGUAAUUAAAAUAUAUUUUGUAUAUAUACAAAUAUAUAUAUAUAUAUGUGUGUGUGUGUGUGUGUGUGUGUGUGUGUGUGUGUGUGUGUGUGUGUGUGUGUGUGUGUGUGUGUGUGUGUGUGUGUGUGUGUAUAUAUAUAUAUAAUUGUAUAAUUUGUAUAACAUUGUCGAAUAUAAUAACUUUGUAAUUUUGCUUAUUACAGUAACGUGUAAAUUUGUAGUACGAGUAAAAAUAUUGACAUGGUACAAAAAUUACAAAUCUAUUUAAUAUAAAUAUAAAUUACAUUUUUAGAAACGUUGCUAAAUUAUUGCUCAAUUUUAAUAAGUACGUAUUUACUACAUGACCAAAUUUUGUAUGAUGUAUAUUUUCGAUCAAAGUAAAUAAUUUGGUUCUCAAACCAGAUCUUGAGACAAUAGCGUGUUGUUGUUAAAUUAACUUUAAAAAGUAUUGUAUUGUUCAGCAAAACACUUUUCAACAAAUUUAUAGUUAAAUCCUUAAUUUUCCUUUCUUUUAUGAUACGGACAUAACAAUUCUUUAAGUUUUUAUUUGCAACGCUGUAAAAAGUUAUUUGCUUUGUACAUUGAAAAUACAACACGUUUUUGUAAGUUUUCUUUCAGUUAGUUCCUACUAAAGUAAUAUUUCAUGUUUAUGUUAUACAAAUUAAUUUAUUGGUAACAAUGAAUUUGGUAUAAUUUAUCAAUAUAACUAAUCCUGUACGUUUCUCAUGGAGAAGUAUGUAAAUAAAAAAGUUUAUGUUAAUAGUAAUUAAGUUAAACUAAAGUGAACGUAAUUAUCCAAUAUGAUGUAAAAUGAGAAACAUAUGUACGUUUGUAUUAUUUUGUUAUUUUCUUUGUAUUGGUUAAUUUCUUUGUAUUGCUUCGAGAAUAACUAUUUUGUAAAAGAUUGUGAUGUAAAAGCACAACGAUGAGAUAAGAAAAAAAUCACGAUUUCUAACGGAACUCGUUAUACUUUUCGUUUUAAUUAAGUAAGUGAUUACUUUUUUUUAACGAUAUAAUUACUUUUAAAGCACUUUAUAUUCAUUGUUUGUGAUGCACAUUUUGUUUUUUUUUAAAGAUAAAAAAUACUUCUUUAUUUAUUUUUCUUCUUUUAUGAGACUAUGUGUAAAGAAAUACGAUGAUUUGACUUUGUAAGUGCCCAAAAUUAAUCGAACGUUACAUUAAUUACUAUUCUUACAGGACUCAAAUUAACAUUAUUAACAUGCAACAAUUGUUCUGAUACUUGUUAGCACAUUUGACUUUAAAUCAAGACAAAUUGUAAAUUUCUACAAUUGCUUUUUUAGUUGCAUGUUUUAUAUUAUUUGGUUGUUACAUAAGUUACAUAAGUUAUAUUUCUAAUUUAUGUUUUAUUGAAAAAAAGGUAGAUGGACUAUACAAACUUAUAUAAUAAAAUAAUGUAUCAAAUUCUUGGUGUAAUUUAAAUUAUAUUUCUGUUAUUUAGUAAUUACUUGUUCGUCCAGUAUAAUAAAAUAUAAGCAUGAAAAAUGAUAAUUAUCGUUUACCGAGAGCAUAAAAUUAUUAAAAUUAUUCUUGUUAAUAAAAAUAAAAAACCAGGUAUGACCGUAUUGUAUUGUAUUUUACAAUAGGCUGUCAUAUUAAUAAUUAAAACAAAAUGUUUAAUAAAAUAUAUAUUUUUAUGUAAACACAUUAUGUAUCUUGUGUCUCUUUAUUCAGCGCUAAAAGGAAUGCUAAUUUUAAGGCCAUUGAAAAAUUCAAAUGAGUCCAAUUAAUCCCACCUCGUAAGAGUUAAAACAUCACUAUAAAAUAUAUUUUCUAGUAUUGUCUAAGUUAUUUCAACUUAAAGUUAGUUCAUUAAUUGUAUAAGAUCGGAUUCAAAUAAAUUUAGUAAGACUUCUUCUUUGAAUGUAUUUGAAUAAACUGCUUGAUUUUACAAUGA